AUGAUGGUAGUGAUGGAAUGCAAGUGUGGUGAGGUGGGAUGGGUGAGAUGCAGAUGGAAUGAGAUGGGAUGGUGUGUUGGGCGGCUUGAGAGGACAUGGGCGAGCGUGGAGAG